CGCGAGCCACAGCACUGAGCUGGAGCAAGGCUGUAUCACCCUGUCCCAGCGUGGCCCCGCGGCGCUCCCGGCUGCAGCUGCCCUACACCACAGCAGCUUGGAAGCACCCUUCCCGCAGUUAUGGAGAAAAUGUCUACAGAUGAACUUCCUCUUACUAUGAGUUUUUCAGAAGAGCAAGAGACUGUAUGUAUUUUUGGAACUGGUGAUUUUGGGAGAUCACUGGGACUUAAAAUGCUCCAGUGUGGUUAUUCUGUUGUUUUUGGAAGUCGUAACCCCCAGAUGUCCAAUCUGCUGCCUAGUGGUACAAAGGCCUUGAGCUAUUCAGAAGCAGCUCAGAAAUCUGACAUCAUCAUCCUAGCAAUCCACAGGGAGCAUUAUGACUUCCUGACAGAACUAACUGAGGUCCUCAGUGAGAAAAUAUUGGUCGACGUCAGCAACAACCUCAAAAUCAAUCAGUACCCAGAGUCUAAUGCAGAGUACCUUGCUCAGCUGGUGCCGAAAGCCCGUGUGGUAAAAGCGUUUAACACCAUCUCAGCCUGGGCGCUCCAGUCAGGAGCACUGGAUGCAAGUCGGCAGGUGUUUGUCUGCGGAAAUGACAGCAAAGCCAAGCAGAGAGUGAUGGAUAUUGUCCGUACUCUUGGACUGACUCCAUUGGAUCAAGGAUCUCUCAUGGCAGCCAAUGAAAUUGAAAACUACCCCUUGCAACUAUUUCCAAUGUGGAGGUUCCCCUUCUAUUUGUCUGUUGUUCUGUGUAUCUUCUUCUUCUUUUACUGUGUUAUAAGGGAAAUAGUCUACCCUUAUGUUUAUGAAAAGAAAGAUACUACCUUUCGCAUGGUUAUUUCCAUUCCAAAUCGUGUCUUUCCAAUACUAGCACUCAUACUGCUUGCCUUGGUUUACCUCCCUGGUGUUAUAGCUGCCAUUCUGCAGCUGUACCGAGGUACGAAAUACCGCCGAUUUCCAAACUGGCUGGACCACUGGAUGCUUUGCAGAAAGCAGCUUGGCUUGAUAGCACUGGGAUUUGCCUUCCUCCACGUCCUCUACACACUUGUGAUUCCUAUUCGUUAUUAUGUACGAUGGAGGUUGGGAAACCUAACUGCUACCCAGGCAAUAGCCAAGAAAGGAAAUCCAUUUAGUACGUCUCAUGCCUGGAUGAGUGAUUCAUACGUGGCUUUAGGAAUCCUUGGAUUUUUCCUGUUUGUGCUUUUGGGGAUCACUUCCUUGCCCUCAGUUAGCAACAUGGUCAACUGGAGAGAGUUCCGAUUUGUGCAGUCCAAACUGGGUUAUUUGACCCUGAUCCUGUGCACAGCCCACACCCUGGUAUAUGGCGGAAAGAGAUUCCUCAGUCCUUACAUUCUCAGAUGGUAUCUUCCUUCAGCCUACGUGAUAGCACUCAUCAUUCCUUGCACCGUGCUGGUGAUCAAGUUUAUCCUCAUCCUGCCAUGUAUAGACAACACCCUCACGCGUAUCCGCCAGGGCUGGGAAAGAAAUUCGAAAUUCUCAAAAUCACUGAAUGGAAAAACGGAUAUUUAAAGCAAAGUUCAAUUCGAUCUGACUUCUGAACUUGGAGUUCUGUGUUGUAUGUUUAAAGGAUAACAGGCACAGUUCAGAAAGUGCUUUUCCCCCACCAUGGUCUGAAGUUUCUGUACAGAGAAGGGGGCAGUGUGUGUGUGUGUGGGGGGGGCGGGGCUGAGAUCUAGAUUAGCUUUGAGACUUGACACUUCGAAACUUCUUGUUGUGGGCACCAUGCAUAACCUAAUGUCUUGCAAAAUCCAGGAGAAGAACAUGCAACUUCCUUCACUGGUUCAAGGACUGAAUGGAGUGAAAGAGAAAAUAGUAAGAUGGUGACCACUGAUAGGGAUUUUAUUAGGUAAGUCUGAAGACGAGGGCCAAAUUAAGUAAAAGGAGAUUGUUUUGUUUUGUUUUUUGGACAUGAAGAUGAUUAUAAAUAUUGCCCUAGUGAAUUAUGGAUUUAAAUGUGCUCUUUGAUUUUGCUUUUACCAAUAUAAAUGUGUACAGUGGAGAACUAUUUUAUAACACAACAAAAAUAUUGCAAUUGAUUGGAAGCAUGAAUGGGAUAUAUGCAAAUCUAUAUAGCUGUCAUAAGAUCCCUCCUCUACAAGGAAUAGGUAUAGGAAAGAUUGAAUUAAAAUUGAGGGACAUCUACUUGGAAUUUCCCAAUGUACAAUAAGCAAUGAAAGGUUGAUAAGGGCCCUUGCACAAAAUGUUCAAAUAAACCAGAAUUUUAGAGAGCAAGCUAAAUAAAUUUUGUAAAAUUGCACUAGAUUAGGUAUGCUUUUGUUUAGGUAUUGUGGUAUGCUGUAUAAAUAAUGUAUUCCAAACAUUAUUCAAUAUUGAUCAUAUAUAAAAUGAAUUUCUAGUGUAAAACAAUAGCUUCUAUAAUUUAUCAUAGUUCAUUAUAAUUUGAAGCAGUGAAAUUAAAUGAAUAAUGAAAGUGUAAGUUUGACUGAUGCACAGAUAAGAGAGAAUUAUGGAAAAUCUUAGGGCAGACAAGUCUUCCCAAUGAGCUGGCACAUGUUCUUUAGGACAGAGAGGUGUGAACAAACAUGAGACUUAGCUCUUUCUCAAAUUCUUGGUGGAAUGCAGGACGAUUCUCUCUGUUUUUCAGUGAUGAUAGGUGCAUUUCCAAGAAGACUUCAGCAGGAUUAGCCUUACUGGCUCAUACAAGGAGCUAAAAGGAGAUUUCUGCAAGAUCUUCCCACAUACUGAAAUAACCAAAAGGCUUUGAGUUUGACUUUUUUUUACCUGCUCUAUCAAGACCAUUUAUUUUUCUCUUUUUUUUUACUUUUAUUAUCAUAUAGUCUACAUGACAUUAUACAAAAUGAUUAAAAUAUAUUAAAACACCACCUGUAAUCCAGGAUAGUUUUCUAUAAAACUUUUUGAAAAUACUCUAUUUAUAUUGUAGUUCAAUUUUAUACCCUUCCUUUUUAUGUAAUAUAUUAGCGCUUUGUUCUCUUACUUACAAGGCAUAUUAUUUAAUUAGAAGCUGCAUAAUAUUACUUCAAAUGGGCAUUUAUUAAGCGCUGCCCUAAUUAAAUAUGUAGGUUACAUUCAUUUUUUACUAAAACAACAUUUCAGAAAUGAUCUUAGCACUUACUUUUUUCCUCAGAAUACUUGCUAAGAAUCGAGAUUACAAAAUUAAAUAACUUUUAAUAGCAUCUGAUAUAUAUUGCCAUAUUAUUUCUAAAGUGACCUUGUCAAUAUCACCAGCAUUGGAUGAGGGUGUUAGUUUCAUGAUACCCACAUAGAUUUUGUUUUGUAUUUCAAUUAGUGUUCACUGAGAAGAUACACAGAACAUAGGAUCCAUUAAUUUAUCCUUGAUCCACCCAAGCAAGGAUUCAAAAGAGCUGGGAGACUUUGAGCAGAGCUGUGGUAUGUGGUGCUGACCCCAGAGCAGGGAUAAUGUCCCUCCUCACCCACGCUCUUAAACAGCCAAGUGUUCUAGGGCUAGAGCCUACCCUUUGCUAGAUGAUUGGUUGAUUCAAGAUCAGGUACUGGGGGCUGAUGUAAGGAAAGCCUUUUGGGUUAACCAUGCUCCGUUUUAGUAAGAGUAAUAGGUCUUUACUGGGUCACAGUUCAUCACUAAAAACA